AUGGGCGAUUUCAACACUGUCAGAGAUCCCUCAAAGCGUGUUAAUUCUGUUUUCAACGACUCAUGCGCUCAAUCAUUCAACGCCUUCAUUCAUCUCAAUGGCUUACUCGAAUAUACCAUGCAUGGAAACCUUUUCACUUAUGUAUCCGACAACGGCAUUAAAAAGAGCAACUUAGAAAGGAUUCUGGUCUCUCCAGAUUUCAUGGAUGCUUGGCCUGAAGCUGCACUCACAGCCCUCCCCCGGUCCCUCUCUGACCACCACCCUAUAAAUCUGGCCACCACCUCUUUGGAUUUUGGUCCAUCGCCAUUCAGGUUUUUCAACUCCUGGCUCUCCAAACCUGGCAUUGACGAUGUUGUUUCUAAUAGCCUAUCCUCUGGUCCUUUUUGGGGACGUCCCAACCAGAUUUUAAACCUGAAACUCAAGCAUCUAAAAUCGGAGCUCAAAACUUGGUUGAACAACCUUAAAGCCACUGAAACAGCCAAAAAAAUAGCUCUGGAUGAUCAAUUGGAAAGCCUUGAUACUAUUAUUGAUCACCGUGAUUAUACUGAUGAUGAACUUGCUUUAUGGAUCGACACAAAGGAAAAACUCAUCACCAUUGAACACUCAAUCACCAAAGAUCUUCAUCAAAAAUCACGAGCAAAGUGGGUGAGUUGUAGUGAUGAAAAUUCGAGAUACUUCCAUCGUUUUAUCAAUUGUCGAAAAGCCAGGAACAUAAUAAGCGGGCUGGAUAUCAAUGGUAAUUGGCAUAUUGACCCUCCCUCAAUUCGCCAAGUUGCCCUCACCUUUUUCUCUAAUAAAUUGAGAGAGCCCAUCAAUGAUAGGCCCAAGAUCCAUUGCCUCGGCCUCAAGACUCUCUCCCCAGAUGAUGCAAACCUUCUUAUAUCACCUUUCACCCUCAAAGAGAUCAUCCAGGCAGUUUGGGAUUGCGACAGUGAUAAAGCCCCAGGACCAGACGGAUUAAUUUUGGCUUCAUCAAAAGAUAUUGGGACGACCUGA